ACUACCGACUAUUGAACAGCCGAGGGAGAGCUAGUCUAGGCCAGCCUCGCAUACUCACGGUAGUAGGGCCUUCCCUGCCCCUCUGUUCGGUUUCCACGUAAUCCUACGAUGCAACCAUGGGCACAGACGACUCGUCGCAACAGGAUCCCGAGGCGAUCAAGGCCUACAUGCGGAUCAAGCUCAACGACAUCUCGGUCGCCAUGGCUCAUCCAGUCUCUUCCUUGAGCCACGUCUACCAACCCCCCACUCCGAGCGCGGCGACGUCUUUCCCCACCGGCACCUUGCCUACCAAAGUCCCCGUGGUCAGGAUCUUUGGGACGACGCCGAGGAACCAGAGCGUAUGUCUGAACGUUCAUGGGAUAUGGCCCUACUUUUUCGUAGAGUAUCCACCGGGGAGGAGCUUGGCACCGGAAUCGGUUCAUCGGUAUACGCAUCGUCUGGCCAUCGCAUUGAACAGCGCGCUUUGCCAGUCGUUGAGGCAAGAUCCGUAUGCCGCCAACUCGAAAGCUGGGGGUGUCAAUACGUCGACCCUGCAUGUAUCCUCGGUACUGCUCUGUAAAGGUAUCCCGUUCUACGGAUACCACGUCGGAUAUUCGUACUUCCUCCGGAUCUCGCUCGUCACCCCGUCACACAUCUACCGGGCGGUCAACUUGCUGGAAGGAGGGAGCGUGAUGAAGAACAAGUUUGCCGUGUACGAAUCCCACUUGGCCACCAAGCUGCAGUUCAUGGUGGAUUUUGAUCUUUAUGGGUGUGGAUGGGUGGAUGUCGAAAGGGCCAUGUUCAGGCAACCUCUACCUCCUGGCGACCCGUACAGCGCGGACCGGGAAGGGAUCUACGACGACCUCACAGUAGAUCCCUCUAUGUUGCACCCAGCUACAGUCGGCAAAGACACCUGGUCCCAGUUGGAGAUCGACAUCGUCCCCUGGCAGAUCCUGAACCGCCGUCGUCUUCGCCCUCGGUACUUACAUGACUCGCUCAAAGAACUCCUCUUUCCAGAAAUGUUCGACCCGGAGGAGAAAUACGUACGCUCGGUCAGGGAGUUGUGGAAGGAAGAAUCGAGACGGAGGGUGGAGAUGAAUCUGCCAGCUGAGGAGGGGAUGGUUCCCGCUACGGAUGAGAGGAUACAGAGGUCCGUCCCUAGUCAGGGGGAUGUCGGGUUCAAGGGCGGGGUAUGGGACAGUACGGAGAUGUGGGAGCAAAAGCUGGACGAGAGGAUCAGGGCCGAGGAUGGGGAGAGGAAGAGGAAUUGGGAGUUGAGGAAUAUUGGGAGACCUUUGCCGGCUGCUCUCGAUCCGACCGCCGCUGGUAUCUGGGACAAGUGGAUUCCGACGACGUUCCAGGUGGUAGAGACCGGAUGGCCAAGGGAGAUGACGAGUUCACGUCGCACGCGGAGCCGAGGAAAGGGCGCUACCCAGUCGUCACCCCUGAAGGCCCGCGAUCCUACUCAGAGGCCGACGUUGUACGAAGAUGAAGACGAGGAAGAGCAGGCAGACGACGUCGAUCUCGAUGAGGAAAACCCGUUCACUCAGCUAGCGGCUUCGCAGAAGCUGCCUGCCGUAAAACACGCCGAGCAGGAAGAGGCGGAAGUCGAGGAAGAGGUCGAUGAUCUGGAUGAGGACACUGUCGAGCUGAUCGGGACGCAGUCGGCCAAGAAGUGGCACGAAUCAGAAGAACGGGUGGAAGCCGAGAUGCAAGGGUUUCGAGAGAUGAUGGACGUCACUCCGUCUAAACCGGGGUCUCGCCAGGUGGAAGCCGACCCAGAUCUGGGUGACCAGGAAGAGAUGCUGGACGACGAUUUCGUAGGGCAUCUAACGCAGAUGCAGAGUCGCAGAAAGACGCAGGCGAAUGUUCUGGAUUCACCGGCCACCGCUUCUCGGAGAAUUAGGGGAGAAGCUAUCACACCUGAACCAGAGUCGCCUACCAGAAAGGGAAAUAACCCAUACUACGUCGACUCGCUCCCAUCAACCCCGAGUUCGAGUCGGCAUUCGACGCCGAGAAAGAACCUGUUCGGUCGUCAGCGUAUAGCCACGCCAUCUCCGCCUCGUCAGCCGUUCGCCAUGGGCCCGAAAAGGACGCCCGGGAUCUCGUUGUCCGGGCCGUCACCUUUCAAAUCGCCAUCCAAGCCUGUCACGCCCUCCAGACUUCGAUUCGUUUCUACGGGACAGCCCUUGACGGUGGAUGAGGAAGAUGACGUCUUUAUCGCAUCGACUGCCAGAGACAAGCUCGUGGCUGCAGUACGGUUUGGGGAAGCUGCCGUUCCUGAAGUCGAGAGCAAGUCUAAUAACGGCAGUGCGAAAGACCGUCAAAACUCGGACAUGCAAGGCGAUUUGAACGGAGAAGAUGAGGAGGUUGCACCUCUGGCUCAGGUACCACGCCGAUCGCCUUCGAUGUCUCCUCCAGCCUCCUUACCUCGGCCUUCGCUGAUCUCGCCUGCCUUGACCCCGCGUGCGACCCCUCGAAAACAUCCAGCAACGUCGAUUCUGAAGCGGCCGAGGCGCGAAGUCAGCGAUGACGAAGACGGAAUGUCUCAGCUGGAACCUACAUACAAAGCUACUCAAGCGAAACGAGCCCGAUUUGCAGCCGAGAGCUCGUCGGAAGAGGAAGGUAUGAUGGAACCGACUUAUGUGUCUCAGUCGGCUACCCGCUCUGCGACAGGCAAUUUGAUCCCGGGAACCGGUCAGAGUCUGCGGUUGACCCGUCCCAUCCAGAGCUCAACACAACGAUCAGAUUUGGAGAUGCAGGAUAGCGGAGUUGCGUUGGAUGGAAGCCAAACCUCGGUUUCUGCCUCCACCGAGUCACACGAGUCGAGCGAAUUGUUGGCUACCAACACCUUCUGCUAUGCGCCGCAGCCUCCCUCGCGGUCGCAUGUCGAAGCCACUAUUCGCUCUUUUGGCGAAGUCGACAUUAUAUACCAAAAACCAUUCUUCUCUGCGCCUCAAGACCUGCCUUCGACCAAGUCCACAUAUGGUACACGCACUUUUCAGUUGCGUACCAACGGUAUCGAAACCCUGUCGACCUUUUCUUUCGGAAGGGAGACGAGCCGCCCGCAGUUGCGUCAUCUCUCCUAUAAGAAGUCUGAGGUCCGGGGGAUCGAGACCUGGAUGUACAGAGCGGUACCACCUUCGAGAUCUGACACGGCGCGCUGGCUUGCGGAAGAGGAACAACUGCGACUGAAUGACGCAAGUCACGAUACACGACAAAAGCUCGCGUCUCAGCUGGGCGAACCGACACAACUCAAAUUCCGUUACAGCGACAGGAAGAAGGGAAGCAAUGCCCAACGAGAGUUGCAGAGCCUUACAUGUCUUACCUUGGACGUCUUCGCGCCUUCCCGCGGGCGACUAUUGCCUGAUCCGAAACAGGAUCCGAUAGCCGCCGUAUUUUACUGUCUGCAGGACUCCAAGGCGACCCUCAAUCAACCCAUCUCAGAGCACGGCUACUACACGGGAAUCUGGAUGGUUGAAAGCGAGAAGAACAAGUUCUCGCGAUUAGGCAAUCUACACGGCCUGUUUAUCGAAUACUUCGAGUCGGAACUCGACCUAUUCAACGAAAUCGUCGAUCGCGUACGGAGCUGGGAUCCCGAUGUACUAGCCGGUUGGGAGGUUCACGGUUCGUCCUGGGGCUAUCUCGCUGGGCGAGCGUCGGAAGAGUUCGGUAUGAACUUGUCGGACGAGUUCUCCCGUGUCAGAGCUUCUACAUCGGCAGGAGGCCAUUCAAGCUGGAAUGUCACACAGAACUCUGCUUUCAAGGUUGUCGGGCGACAUGUUUUCAACAUCUGGCGUAUCAUGCGAGGAGACCUCAAUCUUCUAGGCUAUACUUUCGAGAACGUCGCAUACCACCUUCUCAAACAACGCUUUCCUCGUUACUCGACGUCUAGCCUGACUUCCUGGUACAACAGCCAGUAUCCAACCCAUGUCAUCAAGGUCCUUCAGUACUAUGUGAACAAAACCAGCAUGUACAUGGAAAUGAUGGAUGCAGCGGAAAUAUGCACAAAGAACGCCGAGUUCACUCGCGUUUUCGGCGUCGACUUCAACUCUGCGAUGACUCGAGGAUCCCAGUUCAAAGUGGAAUCAUUCAUGUUUAGGAUAGCGAAACCGGAGGGUUUUGUUUUGAUAUCGCCGUCACGAGAAGCUGUUGGGAAACAAAACGCCGCCGAAUGUCAGCCUCUAAUACAAGAACCGCCAUCGGCGUUCUACGAAGAUCCUGUCCUAGUCUUGGAUUUUCAAUCGCUAUACCCUUCGAUCAUGAUAGGGUACAACUACUGUUAUUCGACGUGUCUCGGACGAGUCGAUCCUUUCCGUGGAACAUAUAAGCUCGGCUGGAGCGCUCAGCACAUCCCAGAGGGUCAAAUCGCGCUGCUGAAGGACCAUAUCACGAUCUCACCAAACGGCCGGAUAUACGCCAAGCAAAGCCUCCGUAAAAGCUUGUUGGCGAAAAUGUUGAGGGAAAUUCUCGAUACGCGUGUCAUGGUGAAACAAGGCAUGAAGACAUCAAAGGGAAACAAAUCUCUACUUCAGGUGUUGAAUGCCAGGCAACUCGGUUUGAAACUGAUGGCGAACGUAACGUAUGGAUAUACGGGAGCCAGUUUCUCCGGUCGCAUGCCCUGUGUCGAGAUUGCGGACGACAUCGUCCAGACUGGUCGAGAGACCUUGGAAAAGGCGAUCCAGUUUAUCGAAUCGCAACAUCAUUGGGGAGCGAGGGUCAUCUAUGGUGACACUGACUCACUAUUCGUACUGCUCGAAGGUCGGACGAUUCCUCAAGCUUUUCAAAUCGGAAACGAGAUGGCAGAGCAGAUCACCGCUCGCAACCCACGGCCCAUCAAGCUCAAGUUUGAGAAGGUAUAUACCAAAUGCGUACUCGAGGCCAAGAAGCGCUACGUCGGUUUCAAGAUGGAAUCGAUCGAUGAGACGCCCUCUUUCGAUGCAAAAGGUAUCGAGACCGUCCGCCGAGAUGGCUGCCCUGCCGCUCAGAAGAUGCUGGAAAACGUCCUCAAACUGCUAUUCCGCAAGGCAGACUUGUCAGAGAUUAAGAGGUAUUGCAUCGACGAAUGGACCAAGAUCCUCCAAGGCAAGAUCUCGUUUCAAGACCUUAUCAUCUCGAAAGAGGUCAAGCUGGGCAGUUAUAGCGAGAACGGACUACCUCCACCCGGGGCGGUCAUUGCGGGCAGACGACUGGCAGAGGAUCCUAUGGACGAGGCAGAGUAUGGGGAGAGAGUGCCGUUCAUCAUUACCAAGCAUGGGGCUUCGGAUAGGUUGGUACACAAGGCGAGGGCGCCAGAGGACCUCUUGAACGAUAGGAACAUUCUGCCCGACACCGAAUACUACAUCACCCGUCAGAUUAUUCCCCCGAUCAACCGGGUCUUGAAACUGGUCGGCGUGGACGCGGCGGUGUGGUACGCGCAGAUGCCUCGAAGACACCUGGUCUACGAUCGAUUCAGGGUCAAGGAUGGCAAGGGUAAGAUGGGCAAGACGCUAGAUGCGACGUGGAGGACGGCGCAUUGUUUGGUUUGCGGAGUGAGGUGUGGGAAGGAUCAAGAGGUGUGUGACGAAUGCAAGUCCCCAGCCAACCUGGCCUCUAGCUUGCACGCGCUCUCGAGCCGGUACCACCUCUCGACGUCCCGGUUACUCUCGAUACAACGUGCCUGUGCUUCGUGCGCAUCGACGGCAGUAUCAGAACACGUCAAGUGCGAAUCGGUCGAUUGCCCCGUACUAUACGCUCGGGUCAAGGCGGGGAACGAGGUUCAGGAUACGGAAGGAUUGGUAGGCGUGAUCAACAAGUUGGACAAGGAGGAACGAAAGGGGUGGAAGGGAGAAGAGAUUGGGCCCGAGGUGAUCUCGCUGUUGGACUCGGAUGACGAGUGAGCGAGUGAGAAUGGUUGUAAGUCGAUUGAAUGAUCGAAUGUCGAUCUCAGUUGUAUGUCGAAUUGUUAUCGCCGACGCUGCGCUAGUGCGCUUUGGAAAGGGGGGCG